CACCAAACGGGAAGACAGCAGCCAUGAAGCUCCUAGUGCUUGUUUGCUUGGUGGCAUGUGCCGCCGCAGACUACGACGGCUAUUAUCGCGACCAGUACAAGUACCCGGGCAGAUACGGCCCGUCAGGCUACUAUGGCAAGUACGACGGAGGAUAUUAUCCAGACUACUACAGCUACAAACCCUACGGCAAGAACAACUAUCGCUACAACUACGACAUCUACUACCCCUGGGAAUGGGCCAAGCAGGGCAAGUACGAGAGCAACUACGGCGGCCGCACCCGCGGCGGGUAUUAUGUGAAGCUGCCUUACAGCAAGGUCAACGUCGACUACGACAUCAAACACGGUGGCUACGGCUAUUCCAAAAAGCCCUGGUACUAACACCGCAAGUUCACAACCCGGCAGCAACUGCUUUGGGGAUCGAGGCAUCCCUAACUGAUAUACUGAUGGCGGCAGACAGACACCAACAGUUACCGACCAGCCUUCCGUAAUCGUGAUAAACCACAACUUCAGGUCUGUGUGCUGUUAAUAAGCCGGCGCCCGUGUGCUGUUGGGCUGAGUGCGCAUGCCUGGCCGACAGUUUGCACCACUAAUAUCGCGUCAUGUACCACGUCUUUAUCUCAUUGUUAAGAAUAUGAAUAAAGGACAAAUCAGACCAAAUGGAUGGUACAUAUUUAUGUCAUUAAAACAACUCGAAGAACUAAACAGAUGUAACUCAACCAGGUCAUUUGUCCUAGCUCAACGCCCAACAAUGUCCGACAAGAUAUAACCUAACCUUACUUUUGCGGCGUGUAACGAGCAAUGUGAUGACAGAGUUCAUUGCUAUCUCCAUCCAGAUGAUACCUUAACGUGAGUGAAUAGAGGCUGGCGCCUGUGGAGGCCUGCCAGCUUGGAUUAACCAACACACUGCAAUGCUCUAUUGUUUGUAAAUUUGCCAUAA